UGUAUGAUUGAAGAAAUCAUAACUGUUCAGGAAUAUGAUUUAUUUGAAAAACUCGAAACUCUUAGUGUGAGAAAUUCUGGAAACAUAUACAAGGCCUCUUUGCGUAGUUAUAAUAUGGUCAUGGUGUUGAAAGACAUUAAAUUUAAUGAACAAUACACUUUAAAUGAGCUUGUAUACGAAGUUAGUCAUUUUUAUUAUCCGACGUUAUAA